CCCCUCGAGCCUCCUCGCUCCCGGUGAAUCCAAGCUCGCCUCCUCUUGCCUCGUGUUCUCACGGAGGGGUCCUUUCCACAUAAGAAGAGCUACCCCUCUCGGAUCGGUACUUCUCCGCCGACACUUGUCUACUGGUGUUGACGAAGGUGGUGGUCUCGGCUCGAGUUCGAAGCGCCGGGCGCGGGGGCCCGUUAUGGCCGCGAAGAAGGCCGCGGAAGGUGGGAAGCAAGAAGAGGGAAAGUAUAAGCAUACUGUGGAUCUUCCUAAGACGACGUUCGGAUUGAGGGCGAAUUCGGUGGUGAGAGAGCCGGAGAUUCAGAAGCUGUGGGAGGAAAACCAGGUGUUGAAGAGGGUGGUGGAGAAGAACACCGGGGGGAGUUUUGUUCUUCAUGAUGGCCCACCUUAUGCCAAUGGUAAUCUACACAUGGGGCAUGCCCUGAAUAAAAUCCUAAAGGAUAUUAUAAACCGCUACAAGCUUCUUCAGAAUUAUAAAGUCUCCUUCAUUCCUGGUUGGGACUGCCAUGGCCUACCGAUAGAAUUAAAAGUUUUGCAGUCGAUUGAUAAAGAUGCCAGAAAGGAACUGACACCAUUAAAGUUGAGAGAAAAAGCUGCCAAAUUUGCCAAAGAGACUGUUAACAUUCAGAUGAAAUCCUUUAAGCGUUAUGGAGUAUGGGCAGAUUGGGAUAAUCCUUAUUUAACUCUUGCUCCGGAAUACGAAGCUGCUCAGAUAGAAGUUUUUGGUCAGAUGGCCAUGAGAGGAUAUAUCUAUAGAGGUAGAAAACCUGUCCAUUGGAGUCCAUCUUCACGUACAGCACUCGCAGAGGCUGAGCUAGAGUAUCCUGAGGGGCACGUAUCUAAAAGCAUAUAUGCUAUUUUCAAGAUUGUUAGUCCGCCACCAGCUUCAAAUGGCUUAUUAGAAGAAUUUUUUCCAGAUAUAUGUUUGGCCAUAUGGACAACGACUCCUUGGACUAUCCCAGCAAAUGCUGCUGUUGCAGUAAAUUCUGGACUUGAAUAUGUUGUCGCUGAAUUGCAUGCAAGUGUGGAGGACACAUUAGCAACAUCUGGAGGGAAACAGAUAAAGCGUGGCAAUGCUUUGAAAGUUGGUGAGAAUAAGCUAUUUGUCAUAGUGGCAUCAGAGCUUGUAUCGAGACUUGAAUCUAAAUGGGGUGUGAAACUUUCCAUCAGAAAAACUUUCCCUGGAUCAGCUUUGGAGAAUUGCAGGUAUACUCAUCCGGUGAACGGCAACGAAUGCCCUGUUGUCCUGGGGGGAGAUUACAUAACAACUGAAUCCGGAACAGGGCUUGUUCAUACUGCACCUGGCCAUGGUCAAGAAGACUAUGUAACUGGGUUGAAAUAUGGUUUACCUAUAAUUUCUCCUGUUGAUGAUGAAGGGAAGUUUACUGAAGAAGCUAGAAAAUUUAGUGGUUUGGAUGUUCUAGGAGCUGGUAAUUCUGCUGUUGUUGAUCAUCUGGACAAGCACCUUUCGCUGCUUGUUGAAGAGCCAUAUAAGCAUAAGUACCCUUAUGAUUGGAGAACUAAGAAGCCUACAAUCUUUAGAGCCACUGAACAAUGGUUUGCAUCGGUGGAUGGUUUCCGACAAGCUGCUAUGGAUGCAAUUGGAAAAGUGAAUUGGAUUCCUCCGCAGGCAGAGAACAGAAUCAUUGCUAUGACUUGUAGCCGUUCAGAUUGGUGUAUUUCACGGCAGAGAACUUGGGGGGUUCCUAUUCCAGUUUUUUAUCAUGUGCAUACAAAGGAACCAUUGAUGACUGAAGAAACUAUUGAACACAUCAGGAAUAUAGUAGCAGAUAAGGGUACUGAUGCAUGGUGGUACUUGCCAACUGAGGAACUUCUUCCUCAAAAAUAUCAUGACGUAGCCUCUGACUAUCAGAAGGGAACUGAUACAAUGGAUGUUUGGUUUGACUCGGGGUCAUCAUGGGCAGCAGUCUUGACUAAAAAUGAAGGCCUUAGUUUUCCAGCAGAUAUAUACCUUGAAGGUACAGAUCAACAUCGUGGAUGGUUCCAAAGCUCUUUACUGACCAGUAUUGCUACAACAGGGAAGGCUCCAUAUUCAAGUGUUAUAACACAUGGGUUUGUACUUGACGAGAAGGGUUUGAAAAUGAGCAAGUCUCUUGGUAAUGUUGUUGAUCCAGACAUUGUAAUAAAUGGGGGGAAAAAUACCAAGGAUGAGCCUGGUUAUGGUGCUGAUGUCCUCCGUCUUUGGGUUUCUAGUGUUGAUUAUUCUGGUGAUGUUUUGAUUGGCCCACAAGUCCUUCGCCAGAUGUCUGACAUGUAUAGAAAACUGCGAGGAACUUUGCGCUUUCUUCUGUCAAAUCUACAUGACUGGAAACCAGAAUAUGCACUUCUAUACAAGGAUCUUCCCAAGAUUGACAAAUAUGCACUGUUCCAACUUGAAAAUGUUGUGAACUCCAUAAAGGACAGUUAUGAAAAUUAUCAAUUCUACAAAAUAUUCCAGAUGAUACAACGAUUCGCCGUUGUUGAUCUAUCAAAUUUUUACUUCGAUGUUGCCAAAGAUCGCCUUUAUGUUGGGGGUACAGUUAGUUUUACAAGAAGAAGUUGCCAAACAGUUCUAGCAGCACAUCUUCUCUCGAUCGUCAGAGUUAUCGCUCCCAUUUUGCCACACAUGGCGGAGGAUGUAUGGCAAAAUCUCCCUUUUGAAUAUGUCAUGGAAGAUGGUUUGGUCCCUAAGUUUGUUUUUGAGCUAAAAUGGCCAAGCUUGAAAGGAGAUUGGCUUGCAAUGGAAGCUGAUGAUGUCGAUUUUUGGAAUACAAUACUUGAGUUGAGAUCAGAGGUGAAUAAAGUUUUGGAGAAUGCUCGAAUUGGGAAGCUAAUAGGAUCCAGCUUAGAAGCGAAGGUCAUUCUCCAUGCUGCGGAUGGGGCCACAUUAACCAAGUUACGUGAAAUGUGCUCCGCCACCAACGAUGCAGAUGCUUUACAUCGCAUAUUUAUUACAUCUCAGGUUGAGACCGUGAAUUCGCUGAGCGACGAAUUUCUAUCGACUGUACCAUACACUGGUAAAUACACAAGCCAGAGAACAAGCGAAGUCUGGGUCGGCGUGACUCAUGCCGACGGUGCGAAAUGCGAAAGGUGUUGGAAUUAUUCGCCCCAGGUCGGAUCAUUCGUCGACCACCCUACGCUCUGCGCUCGCUGUUAUGGUGUUGUUGAUGUUCAACCACUUCCAGCCGCAGCAGGUGUGUGCUAAACAUUUAUAAGAGUCUGAGAGGAGCUUAUUUAUCGGCAUUGAUUUAAGGGGAGUCAUUAAUAUUUAUCAGCACAUCCAAGGGAUCAGGAAAAUGCAGCUAUUUAUACAUAUAUAUAUACAUAUAUUCAUUUGAUUCACAAGGAUAUGCUUUAAAACAUAUGCUAAAGAGGGGGAAAAAAAGAAGGAAGUGCAGUUUGUUUGUGACUAGAGUUUCCUUAUUUUUUGAUUUUUAGAUACAGGGAAGGUUAAAGAUUGCGUCGGUUCGACGGACCCGUAAUACAUGCAAAACAUUUUUGUUUUGUUGCUACACUAAUCUAUUUUAUAUGAUGAAUUGUGUCUUCGUUGUGAAUGUACUACUUUUUUCUCGGACAUGGAUUUCAUUGGUUGUUCUAUAUUA